CAUUGGCCCAAGCCAACAUCAAUCUAGUUAUUUCCAAAUCCCCCCUCAAGUUUGAAACUUUUUUUCACGAGUAGGAGGAGGACUCGGGUUACAACUAACUCUUGUAACCGAUCUCACUGCAGCCGAGAGAAGAAAACACUCUUUCAAUUAUUUACACAUCUGUGUCUGAUACACGGUUACAAACUUACAGAACAAGAAGGAGCUGCGAGGGGAGGACGGGUUUCUUUAUCGCACAAACAGCGGAGCUCCAACAAAACAAGCGAACAAACAAAACAUGCUGUGAAUGGACUUUUCCCUGCGCUGCCAGGAUGAAGACUUGAAAUAUUUAGUUCAGAUUAAUUUGUCAUCUCGUUGGCUGACCACUCCUGUGUCCCGCUGAGGUGAGAGAAAGACUUGACCAUGGACUCCUUCAGCACCAAGAGCUUAGCCCUGCAGGCGCAGAAGAAGCUGAUGAGCAAGAUGGCCACCAAGAGCAUGGCCAACCUCUUCAUCGAUGACACCAGCAGCGAAGUGUUGGACGAGCUCUACCGCGUCACCAAGGAGUACACCCGCAACCGCAAAGAGUCGCAGAAGAUCAUCAAGAACUUGAUCAAGAUGGUGGUGAAGCUGGGAGUGCUCUACAGAAACAACCAGUUCAACAGUGAGGAGCUGAUCCUGGUGGAGAACUUCAGGAAGAAAGUCCACACUCUGGCCAUGACGGCGGUCAGUUUCCACCAGAUUGAGUUCACCUUUGACCGGCGCGUCAUGAGCGCUAUUUUGAAUGAUUGCCGUGAGCUGCUGCACCAGGCCAUCAAACGCCACCUGACAGCCAAGAGCCACUCGCGAGUCAACCACGUGUUCAAUCACUUCGCUGACUGUGACUUCCUGGCGUGUCUCUACGGGCCCUCGGAUGUUUACCGUGCCCACCUGCAGAGGAUCUGUAACGGGGUCAACAAGAUGCUUGAUGAAGGGAACCUCUGACCUCCGCUGGCCUCGUCAUCAGGCACCUUCACCUCUAGUCACCCCUCAUGUACCAUCUUGCAAUAUUUCUUUUUAAGGUGACAUGAACGUUUAUAUUUUCCAUUUGUUGCUUUAUUUUUGUGUGCCUUUUUUAGCCGUUACUGUAACACUGAAAGAAUCUCGGCUAGUUAGUCCAAAGUCUGUUUCUUCUCCAGUCUGACUUUUUGUUAUUUCACAGUAAACCCAGCAGAUGUUUUAUUUUAUUUUUUUUUAUCAGUAUAUAUUUAGGGAUAGGAGCCUUGACAACUGUGCCUUGAAAAUUUUUUCUGUCUUCAUUCCAAGGGCACUAUGCUUGCUCUUUCAAAAAGACAUGAAUCAGGCACAUGCCUUCAGUCAUAUCUCUAUGAGGAGCUUUUAAUGGACCAAAAUGGUUUUGGGGGCACCAGGAGAGGUGAAAAAAAAAAAGUGAAUUUCCAUCUUUUCCAAAUACCCAAGGACAUAAAGAAGUGAUAUUUUGUUUGUUUUUUCCAAAAGUAGUAUUGCACUCUAUUCUGAACAAGCGCUGUACUGUACUUUCCUGCAAUAAUGAAACCAUGUGAAAAACUGCAGUUGAGUAAUCCUGCUUAGCCUGCAUUUUACAGUUUUCACCAUAAUGCACUGAACUCCACUUUGUAGAGAGGCCAGGCCUUUUGUUAGAAGGCACCUAUAAACCCAGUUUUUGCUUUUUAUAGUCUGGUUUAUAGCCACGACAACAAAGACGACGUAUUUGGGUCAUAGGGGGACCAUAAACAUGAAGGAAUUUGAUUGUGCUGUGUAUUGUUAAAUGUGUUGCAGGCUAUAUGCUCAUCUGCUCAGCAAACUUCAAGAUUGUGUCUAUAAAUGUCAUAAUCACAGCAGGGAAGUAGCACAAUGUGGCACCAGCCGCAAAGGUUGCUCUGGAAUCUUUUCAGAGCGGAAUAAAGCGCGAUCACGGUUGAAGUCCUAAUAGAUGUUGGAGCCCAGGGUCAGUUGUGUUUCAGAUUUACCGGUAUUGCCUCAGGUUUAUCCAAAAAGCACUAAAACUCUGGUUUGAAUUCUGACAGAUUUGAACUAAAACGACUCCCUAUGAGCAGUCAGAUAAAAGCCUGGAUGAAAAACUGCAGCUCUGUCUAUGAAAAGGGCCAGGCAGGGUAUAGAGAUUAGAGCAGAGACAAACACAGUACCUGAUUGUACUCUCCCACUGCAAUUACAGUUCCGCACUCUGGGGUGGCAUAAUGGCCCGGGGGCCUGCCUCUGUCGAGCAGCCACUCCAUUUUACCACACAGCAGCCAAUGUGAUGGAGAUAACCAUCUCUGUUUGCGCAAUGCAAGUCUUUUUAAUGGAGUGAAAAAUGUUGUUUUUGCUUCCUAAUAAAGGAGAAUAUGAAUAGUUACUACUAUACCUCCACCCCAAACCUCACAGAAUAGCUGUUUUUCCUUUUUGUCUAUGUGUUUUUGUAUCACUGAGCCUUUCUGGGAGAUUGUUUUGUGCUGCGGACUCAUUUUGUAUUCUGUGUGAGUGUUUGUGUGCGUACCUGUGAGAGAAUUGGAAAUUGAGCCGUGUAAUAAGCGCUGUGCUUUUCCAGAUAGGAUUGCUGAAACUUUAACUUCAUCCACAACAGCUCUGCCAAAGAAACAAAGAGCGAUGUUCCUCAAAAUGCAGUUGUUCUUCCAGAGGAACAUUUCAGAUAAGAGUGUGCACUUGAUAAUUAUAACUCUGGUAACGAUGAUAAUGAAGACAAAGGUGGUGGCUGUUGUGGUUUUGGCCCUUUUUUCUUUAUUCACAUUUUUAAUUCUUAGAUGACUUCCUGAGUAUAUUCUCUUUUGUUAGACCCAAUUGACUCUCACUGCAUCAUUUUGGGAUGCCUCAAAGUCAGUCAUUUUCCCUAAAUCCCCCCCCAAAGCUUCACUUUAAUUCUCUUUGGAUGCCAUUUUCUCCAAUCCCUCCACAUCUCAGGGUUAGUUUGAAUCUCCCUCGGUUUUUAAAUCCAUGACACACUAAGUACAAAUCGCCACGGACCUCUGCAACAGCCCCACUUAUUUUACUAAAAUCCCACAACUAAGCAUACUUAUUAUGUUGCAUUUCUUACGAUAUGAUUGUUUUUGUGUCCCUGUAUUGUAUCCAGACGCAACAAAUAUAAUACAAUUUACUUUUUUUAAAGAAUACAUUUCUUGUCUUUUUUUUUGCUCCUCAAUCAAGUACAGAGCAUCUUCCCAUCAGUAUGUCGGAUGGUGGAAUUUUCCAGGCCAGAUCAGAGGGUAAUCUGACUAUGUCUGACCUGGAUUUAGUCGGCCAAAUCCCUUUCCUCCUGCUCCCGGCAUUGUUAGGAAGCCAUGAAAGCAAACACAAACCCAUCUGACUGACAAACAAUUGAACUUUGGGUCGUUUCUUUCCACUUCCUGCAGGCCCACGCCACGGUCAAAGGUAGAACAGGAUAUUGGUAAUAUGGAAAGACUUCUUGCUUCUGUUUUUGGAAACAUCAACACUCAGCUGCAGUUUAAUUUCAAGUGUUGCAUGAGUACCACUCCCCCGGUUUGGGUUUAAUCUGUCGUUAACUUUGCCACUUUUCAGACUUGGGAAUGAUAAUUUGGUCUGUAGCACGUCUGCAGAGCCUCCUGCAGCACAGCCUGAAAGGCUACUGCAGUACCAAGUGCCCAAUUAUCAUCUAAUGGACAUGCAUUUUUUUUUUUUUUGAAUGCACCCUUGAGUUCAGAGAGUAAUGCUAUGACUAAUAUGGGAUGUGAGUACAGUCACGUCUUAUUGUCUCUCUGUGUACAUCUUUCUCUUCUUAUUUGACUGCGAUGUCAAAUAAAGCAAAAAUGUCCUGACCUCAA